GCCUCCUCCUAUAUAAGGAAAUCGAUUGAAUUAGGGUUUGGGGUAUCAGUCUGGGAAAGGAGCAAGAAGAGGAGCAGCAACCAUGGUUCUCAAGACGGAGCUUUGUCGUUUCAGUGGCCACAAGAUUUACCCAGGAAGAGGAAUCAGAUUUAUCCGAUCUGAUUCUCAGGUGUUCUUGUUCAUCAACUCCAAGUGCAAGCAUUACUUUCACAAUAAACUGAAGCCUUCCAAGCUUGCAUGGACUACCAUGUAUAGAAAGCAGCACAAGAAGGAUGCAGCUCAAGAGGCUGUUAAGAAGAGGAGACGUGCUACCAAGAAGCCGUACUCGAGGUCCAUUGUUGGUGCUACCUUGGAAGUGAUCCAGAAGAAGAGAGCUGAGAAGCCUGAAGUUCGUGAUGCAGCCAGAGAAGCUGCUCUUCGUGAUAUCAAGGAGAGAAUCAAGAAGACUAAAGAUGAGAAGAAGGCAAAGAAGGCUGAAUUUGCUUCAAAGCAACAGAAGAUUCAGGCUAAGAUCCCCAAGGCUGCUGCCAAGGGAGGUCCCAAGCUGGGAGGUGGUGGUGGCAAACGCUGAAUAGCUUUAAACCAUAUCUUCUCACUUUUGUGUGUGUUUCGGCUAGUGGCUAUUUCUUGAUGUUAAUUUCAGAUUUUUCUGCAGAACGUAUACCUUUUUUUAUUGGCGUUUGUCUUAUUACUUUUUGCAACUCUUAUAAUCUCAGACUUGAGGAUUUUGGUGUCAAUGGACUUCAUUUCACUAUUUUCUGUCUCCAAAUUUUGUAAACAAUGUUCAUCAUCUGUUCUUCAUCGUU